ACGGCCACACGAUGGGAGCUGAGCGCCGAGGGCGAGGAGGUGCUGCGGGACGGCAGCCCCGAGGUGCGGCUGUUCCGGAGCAUCCCCGAGGAGGGGCUGCCGCAGGGCGAGGCCGUGAAGCUGCCCGGGGGCUCCUUGGGCUUCAGCAAGGCCAUGGCCAACAAGUGGGUGCGGCUGGAUAAGGGAGCGGCCGGAGGCCCACGCGUGCUCCGCGCCGUGCCCUCGGUGCAGGACACGGUGCAGGAGCACCUGGGCCAGGUGAGGGCCGGGGGCGCCCUGCCCGAGCGGGAGCGCGCCGAGCUCAAGAGGAGGAAGCUGCUCCUGGAAGUGUACAGGUAUGAGUGGAAGGUGGAGGAGGCGCGGAAGAACCUGCUGAGGACCCACACCACGUCAGCCAGCGCCCGCGCCCUGUUCCAGCUGGCACGGCAGGAGAAGUUCGCCCCCGUGAAAUAUUUCUCCAUCGACCGCGUGUUCCGCAACGAGAGCCUGGACGCGACGCACUUGGCCGAGUUCCACCAGGUCGAGGGGCUGGUGGCCGACCGGGGGCUCACCCUGGGCCACCUCAUGGGCAUCCUCCGGCAGUUCUUCACCAAGCUGGGCAUCUCCCAGCUGCGUUUCAAACCUGCCUACAACCCCUACACGGAGCCCAGCAUGGAGGUGUUCAGCUACCACGAGGGGCUGAAGAAGUGGGUGGAGGUGGGAAACUCGGGGGUCUUCCGCCCCGAGCUGCUGCUGCCCAUGGGGCUCCCCGAGAACGUCUCCGUCAUCGCCUGGGGGCUGUCGCUGGAGCGACCCACCAUGAUCAAAUACGGCAUCAACAACAUCCGGGAGCUGGUGGGGCACCGUGUCAACCUGCAGAUGGUCUACGACAGCCCCAUGUGCCGCCUGGACGUCUGACCCCGGGGGUCCCCUCCUUCUAGGGAGGGGUCCCGUCCCCGGGGCUCCCCUCCUUUUGGGGAGGGGUCCUGUCCCCGGGGGUCCCCACCCCCAAUAAAGCCCGGUGUGUGCUGGGGAAGGGAA